AUGGCAGAGAUUGUGAUCUCAAUCGUGUCAAAGGUUGCAGAAUACUUAGUGGCUCCGAUUUCACAUGGAGCUGCGUAUUUUUUCUGCUUUAAGCAGCUUAAUGAAGACUUCAAGAAAGCAAAACAAGAGCUAGAGGUGAAACUAGAAGAUGUGAGAAAGCGUACGGAAGAAGCAGAACGAAAAACUGAAGAAAUAAUGCCAUCCGUGAAGAAGUGGUUGGAUGAUGUGAAUGCUAUCCUAGGAGAGGUACAAAAGCUGCAACAAGAGCUUGAUCGAGGACGAAACAAUUCCAUUUUCCCAGGUGAUCCAACUUCCUGGAAUUACCUACUUCUCUUCCAAAGAGUUUUGGAUUUCAACUCAAGGAAAUCAACUUGUAAUCAUCUUUUGGAGGCAAUUAAAGAUGGCACGAACAAGAUGGUGGGAUUAUAUGGUAUGGCAGGAUCAGGCAAGACGACUUUGGCGAAGGAAGUAGGCAAGAAAGUAGAUGAGCUAAAGCAUUUUGACAAGGUCAUCAUGGCAGUCGUUUCAAAACCCCCAAAUGUUUUGAACAUUCAGCAGGAAAUAGCAGGGCAAAUAGGCUUACAACUUCAAGAGCCAACUCAACUUACUAAAGCACAAAGGCUAUCAGAAGGAUUGAAAAAUAAGAAGAUUCUUAUAAUCCUGGAUGAUGUGUGGAGCAAACUAAGGCUUGAAGAUGUUGGAAUUCCAUUAAAUGAAGGUUGUUGUGUAUUGUUGACCACUCGCCUCCAUGAUGUAUGUGUUUCUAUGGAUUGUGAAAGUAUUAUUAAAUUGCCUCUCUUAACAGAGGAAGAGUCAUGGGCAUUGUUCAAGAUGUGCGUUAAAACAGCCAAUGUGUCAAUGAAUGAGUUUGAUAGCAUUGGAAGGCAAAUUGUUGAUGAGUGUAAAGGUUUGCCUAUUGCAAUAGUGACAGUCGGAAGCACAUUAAAAGGAAAGAGUAUUCAAGCGUGGAAGUCAACACUAAGGAGGCUACAACGUCCCCUACCAUUGGAUAUUGAAGAUGAUUUGAAGACCCCUUAUGCAUGUGUUGAAUUAAGUUAUGAUAAUUUGCCGAGUGCACUAGCCAAGUCGCUCUUCAUAUUGUGUUCUAUGUUUCCUGAGGAUCAUGAAAUCCAUAUAGAGGAUUUAAUUCGUUUUGGCAACGGGACUCUAAAGCUUGGUGACGAUAUUCAUACAAUAGGGGAAGCAAGGAAUGAGAUUUUUGCAGCUAUUGAGAAAUUGUUAGAUUCUUGUUUGUUAAUGAAUACCAAUAAGCAGGAACGUGUAAAAUUGCAUGAUGUUGUUCGAGAUGUAGCCUUAUGGAUCACGAAGAAGCAACAUCAAGAAGUUUUGGUAGAUAGCCAUUCAAUUUCGAGCAUGCUGGUAAGCAACGGCCACAAAUUGAAUGAUGCGAAGGCACUCUCAUUGUGGAAUUUGGAUAAGAAUUUCAAGAUCUUUAAUAAAUUGCAUUGUCCAUCACUGGAGAUUUUGCUACUUCAGCCUGAUGGGUUCAUUGAAGAUAUUGGAGCAAUAGAAACACUUAAAGUGUUGGCACUCAUAACACAUGGCUUUCAAUGGAGAUUUCAGCAGCAAACUUUUUGCUCUGUCCCACAAUCAAUUGUAUUGUUAACGAAUCUUCAAACCUUGUGUCUUAGAGGGAAACAAUUGGGUGACAUCUCUUUCUUGUGUGAACUCAAAGGAUUGGAGAUUCUUGAUUUGCAUGGUUCUCUAUUUAAUGAAUUACCUGCUGAAAUUGCAGACAUGAAAAUGCUGAAACUUUUGGAUAUAUUUGGUUGUGAAAUUGAGAAAAGCCCUUUAGAAGUAAUUAGAAGAUGUGAGCAGCUUGAAGAAUUAUACUUCCGGGAGAAGACAUCUGUCAUCCCUGAGAAUUUCUCUCUUUCAAGGUUGAAGAGGUAUGUCAUCUAUGAUUCCACGUGCAGAAUGAUUGAUGAAUAUAUGGGUAACUCUUUCCAAGAAUAUUUAGAUAGUUGUGAUGAAGCAUUAAGAGCUUUAUGCAUACAAGGCUUCAGAAUCUUUGCUUUGACUUCGUCAAUGAAGGAUCUCAUUUUUCGGGCAAACCACCUUUGGUUAGAUAAUUGUUCAUGGAAUCAUAAAGAUAUAAAUUUUAGGAUAAAGCAACUCGUGGUAUCAUUCUGUCAGGAGAAAAGAUUCAUCAUGGAGAACUCUGAUAUGGACACUCUUCAACCACAACAAAUCUUCUCAGACUUGAUAACUUUACGAUUGUUUAAAAUGAAUAGUCUUGAACAGUUGUUUGAAGCUUCAUCUAUCAGCUACUCUCUCCCCAUGUUACAAGAGCUGUCGAUACAAAGUUGUCCUGAAUUGAGAACUUGCAUCUUCCCCCAUGCCAUGGUUACGAGCUUGCCAAAGCUGAGGAGACUUGUGAUUGAGGGUUGCGGCAAAGUGAAAUGGUUAUUCUCUUAUUCUUUGGCUUCUCAUUGUCCGUCCUUGGAGGAGAUAAUUAUAGCCAAUUGCUUUGAGCUUGAGAGGCUCAUUGAUGAAGAAGCUGCACUUGGGGAUCCAUUACUUCAUGACAUGCAAUACUCUCAUCCACAUGGAAAGGAAACUGACAGUGCUUAUGUGGGCGUUACAGCAAAAAGAUUCAAUCAGUUGCAAAAUCAGCAAUCCUUGAUCCUUUUUCUCAGGUUGAAAAGUCUAAAAAUUGAAAGAAGUGGAAAAAAGAAAGGUAUAUUGGAAAUCCAAGUCGGAGGAAGAGUAGAAGAUGAUGAAGAAUCUAUUAAAGCCCAAGAACCUCUAAAGUUGGAUUCAGAGUUGAGUGAAUUAAAAUUAGAUGGUCUACCAGAAUUGGAAUAUAUUUGGAAGGGCCCCACCCAAAUUGUGAGCCUCCAUAGACUUGAAGAUGUUUCCUUGCGGGACUGCCCAAAAUUAAAAAGUAUCUUCACUCUAGCUAUUGUUGCAAGCCUUCCAGAGUUGAGAACACUUGAAGUAUAUUAUUGCAAGGAAUGGGAGGGAAUAUUUUGUGAAGAAUCACUCAAAAACCUCUCUUCUUCUAAUAUUUGCUUCCCCAAACUUAAGCAGAUUGACAUAUGGGGUUGCCACAAGGUGAGAUGGUUGUUAUCUUAUUCUCUGGCAUCUCAUUGUCCUUCAAUAGGGUAUGUACGCAUACACAGUUGCUCUGAAUUUGAGGGGCUUAUUGGUGAAGAAGCUGCACAUGGGGAUCCACUACUUCAUGAUAUGCAAGAUCAUCCACAGCAACCUUUGAUCCGAAAUUGUUCUGAACUUGAGACGCUUGCUGAAGAAGCAUAUCUCAAACUGAAGUACUUACGGUUGGUGGCACUGCCGAAAUUGAGAGAGAUCUUCCCUCACCAACAUGAGAAUGACACAGCGAGAGUGGUAAAGUCAGAAUUGUGGUCGAUAUUCUUAGCUGAUCUACCGGAAUUAGAACAUAUUUGGAAAGGCCCCACACAAAUUUUGAGCUUCCAUAGACUUGAAGAUAUUACACUGUGGGAAUGCCCAAGAUUAAGAAAUAUAUUCACUCUUGCUAUUGUUACAAGCCUUCCAGAGCUGAGGAAACUUGAUGUAAGACGAUGCGAUGAAUGGGAGGGAAUAUUUUGUGAAGAGUCACUUAAGAAUCUGUCUACUACUUCCACUGUUUGCUUCCCCAAACUUGAAAUCAUUGAAAUAAUUGAUUGCCACAAAGUGAGAAGGGUGUUCUCAUAUUCUCUGGCAUCUCAUUGUCCUUCAUUGAAGAAAUUACAUAUAUGGGAUUGCUGUCAACUGGAGGGAGUUGUUGAAGCUUACGAAGGUGAAGUAGCUGCUCAUAAUCAUCAAAGGCUGUUUCCUGAACUGAAUUAUUUGAAGCUCAGUAAUUUGCCAAAGUUGAGAGAGAUUUAUGAAGGUUAUGAAUUCAACCUCCUUUUUGGUACUAUAACAAUAGAAGAUUGUCCAAACAUAUCAAAAAUCUCAAAAAUCCCAUUAGAAGACAAGCCCUCGUCAUCAGGCUGCUAA